AUGUGGCGAGCGGCUGCAGUACUCGCAGUAUUGCACUGCGUUUCUGCAUACCUCGGACCAAAAAUGGGCGAGCAGAAUCAAUGCGACGAUGGGAAGGAUGUGUCCUCCAGUCUCUUCGAGCUUAAGUCAAUAAAUGCAUCUUUCAACCCGAGAACUGAUGUUGUGUAUCACAGAUGCAUGUCGGAAAGGAUUGAAUACGAUACUUCUCCCCCACUCAGAGGCGACCACAGGCCAAACUGGGCCAAGUUUGGAGAGUAUCUGUACGUUCCCGAGCAACGAUGGCUUCAUAAUCUGGAGCAUGGUUCGAUUAUUCUACUCUACCAUCCUUGUGCCGAUCAAAACGAGUUACAAAAACUACGCAGAAUUGUUACCAAUUGUCUUUAUCGCCAUAUUAUCACGCCCUACAACAAGCUCUCUGCAAUAAGGCCGUUCGCUUUGGUAUCCUGGGGAUCGCUGUUAGAAAUGAAUCAUGUGGACGAGCGUGAGAGUAUCGCCUUCAUAAAGCAGCAUGCUCGAAACGCACCAGAAGAUUUGUCAAGAGAUGGCAUUUAUGAUGCGUUCCUCAUCCAUCACGCAACGUUUGUCAGUGAUGAGAUGGACAACAAUAUUUGUGGUUUUGCCAAAGAAUAA